UCGUUAGGUGAGUGAAAAAGCAGCUUGCAUCUAGUACAGACUCGAGCUUACCAUCCCCUUUGUUCAUGCAGUUCUCUGAGUUCUCCUCACUCCAAGCUAUACACAAACAGAAACCCAAACGAGAGAUAGAGUGAAGAGACAAGAAAUAGCUAGAGGAAUCGAUGGCACCUAUGGUGAUCGCUGCACAAGAGCACUGAUUUCACAACAGUAAUUCUACCCACACGGAGCUCGCGGACUACAUCGGGUCUGUUGGAUUAGUGACGGCCCAAGCUUCUGCAAAGGGAGGGGACCGAUGGCACCUGUAGUGACCGCUGCACUAGGAGCGUUGGGUCCCCUGCUGGCAAAGCUGGCAGAUCUGCUUGCCAAAGAGUGUGGCCGGCUGAAAGGUGUGCGGCGCGAGAUACGCUCCCUCCGGUCUGAGUUCUUUACCAUGCAUGGUGCGCUUAAAAGCUAUGCCAAGCUAGAGGAUCCUGAUGAUCAGGUGAAGGAAUGGAUGUCGCUCGUGAGGGAGCUGGCCUAUGAUACUGAGGAUUUCUUCGACAAGUUCAUCCGCAAGCUCGGCGAUGGUGGGGUUCAUGACGCCGGCUUCAAGGAUUUCUUUCGCAAGACGGCUCGCCGUUUGAAAACGCUUGGAGCUCGGCAUGGAAUUGCCAACCAAAUCAAUGACCUUAAGCUUCGUAUCAAGGAGGUGAAAGAGCUCAAGACUAGCUACAAGCUCGAUGAUGUUGCUGGUAGGACCUCUGGCAAUUCAGCCGUGGAUCCCCGGCUGGCUGCUCUUUUUGCCGAGGAGGCACACCUUGUGGGUGUUGAUGGUCCAAGAGAUGAUCUUGCCAAGUGGGUUAUGGAAGAUGAAAACAAGCAUGGUCGCAAGGUGUUAUCUAUUGUUGGGUUUGGUGGAUUAGGAAAGACAACGCUGGCAAAUGAGAUCUGUCGCAAGAUUCAAGGGCAUUUUGAUUGUCAUGCUUUUGUGUUGGUCUCCCAAAAGCCAGAUACAAUAAAAAUUAUCAAGGAUAUGAUCUCCCAAGUGUCCUACAGCGAUGAAUUCAAGAAAGAUAUGGAGAUUUGGGACGAAAAGAAAUCCAUUUCAAAGCUAAGAGAACUUCUACAAGAAAAAAUGUAUCUUGUUAUCAUUGAUGAUAUAUGGUCUAUAGUGGCAUGGAAUGCUAUCAAUUGUGCAUUUCCAGAGAACAGCUGUUCUAGCAGAAUUGUAGCUACUACACGCAUAAUGGAAGUAGCUAGCUCUUGUUGUCCAGGUCCUGAUGACCAGAUCUAUGAAAUGAAACCUCUAAGUGACCCUCACUCUGAAAGACUAUUUUUUAGAAGAAUCUUUGGAUCAGAGAAUUGCUGCCCUCACAUGUUUAUUGAAGUUUCGAAAGCUAUCUUGAAAAAGUGUGGAGGCCUACCAUUGGCAAUUAUCAGUAUAUCUGGUCUACUAGCUAACAGACCACGUGUCAAAGAAGAGUGGGAGAAGGUGAAAAGAUCAAUUGGUUCUGACUUGAACAGAAACCAGAGUCUAGAGGGAAUGAAAAACAUACUGUCCUUGAGCUAUAAUGAUCUUCCACCACACCUCAAGACUGUCUUGUUGCACUUAAGUAAUUUCCCUGAGGAUUAUGUGAUUGACAGAGAAAGGUUGGUGAGGCAAUUGAUUGCGGAAGGCUUUAUUUCUGAAGAGCGUGGGAGGAGCUGUCAAGAGGUUGCAGAAAGUUAUUUUUACGAGCUUAUCAAUAAAAACCUGGUCCAACCAGUGGGCAUUGGUUAUGAUGGGAUGGUUCGUGCCUGUCGAGUUCAUGACAUGAUGCUUGAACUUAUCAUUUCAAAAUCCAUUGAAGAAAAUUUCAUCACUGUGGUCAAUGGCAGCCAAACUAUUUGGGAAAAUUCUCAGUGUUUUAUUCGACGAUUAUACUUAAGGGAGAUCACAGGCUUUGACAUUACCAUGAGUUCAGUAGGUGCAAUGAAGGAGCUAGGGAGCCUGAUCAAUUUGAAGGUACUCCGUGUACUGUUCAUCGUGAAAGAUGAAGAAUCUCAAGAGUACAAGAGUCAUGCAGAGAUAUUUCAUUCCUCACUAUGCAAGCUUGGCAGCUACAAACUCCAGUCUAUGCGGAUAAGUGCUGAUAGUCCAUCUCUUUUUGGGUUAUUAGAUUCCUGGUCUCCCCUUCCAACUCACCUCCAAAGAUUUGGGAUGGGCACCCAUUACUGUUUAUCAAAACUGCCAGAGUGGAUUACUCCAGCACUCACAAGUCUUGCAUACCUGAACAUUAAGUUAAGUGUAAUAACAGAGGAGGUUCUUGGCAUACUUGGAGACCUGUCUUCAUUACUUUAUCUGAGACUUUAUACUACCAACACGGUCCAUAAAGACAUGCUUGUUUUACAAGGCAGAGGAUUCCGAUGUUUGAAGAAUUUCCUUUAUAAACCUUUUGGUGUAGGUGCAGGGAUCCUUUUGUUUGAGGAAGGGGCACUGCCAAAGCUCGAGGAGCUUAAGCUGUGGUUCUCUGUAUCAAUGGCAAAGGCCUAUGGGUUCUACUUAGGUAUUGAGCACCUCCCAUAUCUGAAAGAUGUGCGAGUUGGUCUUCAGAGCUGGGAUGCCACAUCUUCUGAAGUUGAGGCUGCAAAAGUUGCCAUAAGGAAUGAAGCAAGUCUCCAUCCCAACCAUCCCAGAUUGACUCUCGAAUGA